GUCCGGGUGUCGGCCCGUGGGUCCUCCGGAGAUGCUGCUGUUGCGGUGGCAGUUGUGCACACCGCUGAAAGUCUACCGGCUCCACCGCUGUAGCGUCCAAGUGUCCGAGGGCGCACUAGAGCCAGGACAUGCAGCUGAGAGCGGCGCUGCAGGCCGUGUUGCUGGCCGCGCUGCUGGCGGGGCUCCGAGGGGCGACGGGUCGCCUGCUAAGUGCCCCGGACUUGGACCUCAGAGGAGGGCAGCCCAUCUGCCGAGGAGGAACACAGAGGCCUUGUUAUAAAGUCAUUUACUUCCACGAUGCUUCUCGAAGACUGAACUUUGAGGAAGCCAGAGAAGCCUGCCAGAGGGAUGGGGGCCAGCUAGUCAGCAUCGAAUCUAAAGGUGAACAGAGACUGAUGGAAAAGUUCAUUGAAAACCUCCUGGCAUCUGAUGGUGAUUUCUGGAUUGGGCUCAGGAGGCGCGAGGAGAAACAAAACAACAGCACAGCCUGCCAGGACCUUUACACUUGGACUGAUGGCAGCAUAUCAACAUUCAGGAACUGGUAUGUGGAUGAGCCUUCCUGUGGCAGCGAGGUCUGUGUGGUCAUGUAUCAUCAGCCAUCAGCACCCACCGGCAUCGGGGGCCCCUAUAUGUUCCAGUGGAAUGAUGACAGAUGCAACAUGAAGAACAAUUUCAUUUGCAAAUAUUCCAAUGAGGAAUUAACAGCUCCUUCUAUGGGGCCAGGAGGUGAAAAAACAGAGCCAGCCACACCUAUACUUCCAGAAGACACAGAGAAAGAGGAUGCCAAAAAAACCUUAAAAGAAAACAAAGAAGCUGCCUGGAAUGUUGCCUACAUCCUAAUCCCCUGCAUUUCCCUUCUCUUCCUCCUUGUGGUCACCACAGUUGUAUGUUGGGUUUGGAUCUGGAGGAGGAGGAAUCAGGAGCAGACCAGCCCCAGCACAAAGGAGCAGCACACCAUUUGGCCAUCUCCUCACCAUAGACCGGACCUGGAGGUUUACAACAUCAUACGAAAACAAAGUGAAGCUGAUUUAGCUGAGACCCGGCCAGACCUGAAGAACAUUUCAUUCCGAGUGUGUUCGGGAGAAGCCACUCCCGAUGACAUGUCUUGUGACUAUGACAACAUAGCUGUGAACCCAUCGGAAAGUGGAUUCGUCACUCUAGCGAGCAUAGAGAGUGGUUUUGUGACCAAUGACAUUUACAAGUUUUCUCCCAACCAGAUGGAGAGGAGCAAGGAGUCUGGAUGGGUGGAAAAUGAAAUAUAUGGUUAUUAGGACAAAUGAAACACACUUAAACUUACAAAAAUGGGAGAGAAAAGAGAAGCAAAAUUCUUCUAUUUUCUAUAAAGAAAACACUCAUAAGGCCUAUGAAAGUGCUGUUACCAAGUCCUGGAAGGUGAGCAUGUGAUCCCAAAUAGCCCCUAUUAAAUUCCCAAGUUGUGGCUAUAUUCCUUUUUCUUGGCCUUUUACCCAGGCCUAUCUUGUGAGAAAGCACCUUGCCCAGGGUCUGGACAUAGUAGAAAAUAAAUAUCAGUUGGUUGAUCAUAGCCAAUAUGCAAGGGACAGCGCUUUCAUUGACAGGGAUAAGGCUGUGGCUAUGGGACUUGGGAUACCUGUCCCAGGUUCCGUUUUUCUUCCCAGCCCAUGUACUCACAGAGAGGCAGGAAUCACAGCAGAUUUCAAAGCCUACUUGUGCUAGCAUCCGGCUGGCCUGCACAUCAGCAAUGCUUGUAUCUUAUUUUUUCAAAGAAUCAAAUCAAAUCAAAAGCAGGAAGCAAAAUGUUAGUCAGUCUGUGUCUGCAGCCCUUCCUCUGCAUGUGGCCUCAUGGGACCUUUUUUCUUCCUCCUGACAUCCCAACUUGGAAAUACUUUAGAAACAAAAAUGAAAUUUGAAUUUGGCUUCCAGGCUUAUUUGUGUUCCAGCCCUGACACUGCACAUUGUUCUGUUGGUGUGUUUGUUUUAGUGCAGCAUCAACACAAUGUUGCUAAUAAUAAUGACGAUGACUCUUCUCUUUUGUUUUAGGAACCUAUUUCCAAUACUUUUGGACUCAAAUCCAGAGAAAGGUUUCAUGGCCUCACACCAGUCAUCUACCAUUUGAAGGUCUGAAGGCCAUUAUUUAAAUCACCAGCAACCUCUCUCUAUCAGUUUAAUAUUAUUUUAACCAUUCCUCAUAUAUAUUAUUUUUAGAGUUUGUAGCUUUGCCUCACAUGUGGAUCCCCAAACAAGACAAAUUAACUAGUCAGGGUCAGGGCUGCAUAGAACACAAUGGAUUGUAACCACUGCUCAGUGACCUGUCCUGCUGGGGGGCAGGGGGCAGGGAAAAGGGUGGACACAAAAACAUCAUUUAUGCCUGCUUCAGGAAAGUGUAUUUGGUGGAGUUACCACAUUUCAAGCAAAAAUGGUGACCAUGUGGUCUGAAGGACUAAUUCGUUGCUCUGAAAUGAAGUCCCCAUCUUGCUACACACAUCUUGGCUCUGUGAUCUGUCCCUUUAUCCUCCCCUGUGAUCCUCGACUCUGGCCACUAAUAGCUGAGAACCCCAGGAGGGCAGAGGUCCCAUUGGCCCUAUCAGCACUGUACCUCCUACACCCUUGCUCUGUGCAAGACAGCACCUUGCACAGAGUACACAGUCAACACUGGUUGAAUGGAUGAACAAUUCAUCUUUCAGACUGAUCUAAAAUAGCCUAAAUAUUUCAAAAGUUCAUAGGACCUGUUUUUCACACUCCACCUGGGUGAGGGUGGUAACUGAGUUAUUUUAGUUUGAAUACCACUCCUGCUAACAGAGGAACACGGAAGAGUAGUGACAAGUAAACAGAGCUGGUGAAUUGUUAACAACUUGCUUUAAUUAUGUCACUUAAACAUGAAAUGAGGACCUAUUCUUAAGGUUGUAAUUUCAGUGACCCUUUCAGCAUCUUGUCUUUGUCAUUCAGGUGUUAUCUGCACUGGAACCCACAGAUUUCUUCCUUCUGGAUUUGCAUGCAGCCAGCCUUACCCUGCAUUUAGAUUAUUCAAUUUCUUUUCCUCCUCUGAUUCACUAGCCUGAAUUUAUCCAACUCCAUUGCUAUCUCUAAUAAUUGUGCUUCACUUAUUUAACAAAUUUUUAUCAAAAGUUUUUGUUCAAAUUGAACAUCUAGUUUAUCUAGUUAUCAUUUAAAAAUUUAAUAAACCCAUUUUGUCAUUUAAAAACCCAGGCUCUCUCCCCACGCCCCCAACUCUGAUACACACAAGAGAUGAAAUGUAUCUAUCAAA